AGAAACCAAAGCCAAAACCAAAGUCGUAGAAAGACUCGUAUGGUAUAAAAGAAAAGAGGCAGAGCCACCUCUUUUCUCUUCUCUCUUCUGUGUCUCUCUUAAUUCAGGAAAUGGAGUUGGAGCCAACAAAGAUUACUUUCACUUCCUCUGUAAAACCCUAAUUGUCGAUCCCCCCCUCCCCCUUCUCUAUUUUUCUCUUCUUUUUCUCUCAAUAGCCCCCACGUUCUCUCUCUACAACCUUCGAUCCCUCUCCGCUAAUCGAUCCACUUCAAUCACUUCUCAAAAGCAGAGGAAGAAGAAGACCCUUUAUUUAUUUCUUUGCCCUCUCUGAAACCCCGAAAUUUCCCAAUCCAAAGCUCUCGAUCUGUGGCGCUCGAUUUGGGGGGUUGAAUUUUUUUUUUUUUAGGGUUUUGGGCUUCUCGGGUCCGUCAAGGCUGGCGGGUAUUCGGGUCAAGUAAAUGGCGGAUCCGCCUGGUAUCCGCCUGCAUCGCACGUGUGGUUUCUUCGAACAAAGGCUUGCAGUUGUGUGUGUAUUUUCUCGAUUGGGUAGGAUAGGGUUACGUUCUUGCUGUGAAGAGACUGAAGAUUUUUGCUGCCUAGAGUGAGAAGCGAAAAAAAAGCAUGCUGAGCGUGCUACGCGUGCACCUCCCUUCGGAUAUUCCCAUUGUAGGCUGUGAGCUCACGCCAUACGUACUCUUGCGCCGGCCUGACAAGACUGUCACAACAGACGAUGUGCCCGAGUCGGCCCCUCUUGAUGGCCACUUCUUGAGGUACAAGUGGUAUCGUAUACAAAGUGAUAAAAAAGUUGCAGUCUGCAGUAUACAUCCAUCUGAGCAAGCCACAUUGCAGUGUCUAGGUUGUGUCAAGGCCAAAAUACCUGUUACCAAAAGUUACCAUUGUUCUCCCAAGUGCUUCUCAGAUGCAUGGCAGCAUCACCGUGUUUUGCAUGACCGUGCUGCUAGUGCUGUAAAUGAAAAUGGAAAUGAGGAAGAAGAGGUGUUUGGGCGCUUCAAUAGCUCUGGAUCUGGAGUACUCAACACUAGUCUAUCUGGAUCAGUGUCAAGCACGAGUUUGACAAAUGGUUCAGCACCUUUAUAUCCUGCGGCUGUUACCCAAAGGAGUGGUGGUGAAACAUGGUUUGAAGUGGGACGCUCUAAAACGUAUACGCCUACAGCUGAUGAUAUUGGGCAUGUUCUUAAGUUUGAAUGUGUUGUGGUCGAUGCUGAAUCAAAAGUACCUGUGGGACAUGUCAAUACAAUAUUAACUUCCCGUGUCAUUCCAGCACCCUCUCCAAGUCCACGCCGUCUGGUUCCUGUCAAUGGAGCUGAUGUGAUGGGGCAUUUGGAUUCAGAUGGCCGUAUUUCAUCUUCUGGAACAUUUACUGUGCUUUCGUACAACAUUUUGUCUGAUGUGUAUGCCACCAGUGAAUCAUACAGUUACUGCCCUUCGUGGGCACUUUCUUGGCCUUACCGCAAACAAAAUUUGUUGCGGGAAAUUGUUGGCUAUCGUGCAGAUAUUGUUUGUCUUCAGGAGGUUCAAAGCGAUCAUUUCGAGGAAUUUUUUGCCCCCGAGCUGGACAAACAUGGUUAUCAAGCACUAUACAAGAGAAAAACAAAUGAGGUUUUCACUGGGGGCGCACAAGCAAUUGAUGGUUGUGCAACAUUUUUCCGUAGAGACAGAUUUUCACAUGUCAAAAAAUACGAGGUUGAAUUCAAUAAGGCUGCUCAGUCUUUGACUGAUGCCAUGAUUCCAAGUAAUCAGAAGAAAAGUGCUUUAAAUCGAUUAGUUAAGGAUAAUGUUGCGCUCAUAGUGGUUCUGGAAGCAAAGUUUAGCAAUCAGGGAGCUGAUAAUCCUGGGAAACGGCAACUUCUUUGCGUGGCAAAUACACAUGUAAAUGUCCACCAAGAUCUAAAGGAUGUCAAACUCUGGCAGGUUCAUACUCUCUUAAAAGGAUUAGAGAAGAUAGCUGCCAGUGCAGAUAUACCGAUGCUGGUGUGUGGAGAUUUUAGUUCAAUUCCUGGAAGCGCUCCUCAUACACUUCUUGCUAUGGGAAAGGUAGAUCCAUCACAUCCAGAUUUACAAGUAGACCCUCUUAAUAUACUGCGCCCUCUCAGCAAGCUGAUACAUCAGCUUCCACUGGUAAGUGCGUAUUCAUCAUUCGCAAGAUUGGGAGUUGGUCUAGGUAUGGAGCAGCAGAGAAGGAGAAUGGACCCCACCACGAAUGAGCCAUUAUUUACAAAUUGCACUAGAGAUUUUAUUGGUACCCUGGAUUACAUAUUUUACACCGCGGACUCUUUAACGGUGGAGUCCUUGUUGGAGCUCUUGGACGAGGAAAGCUUAAGGAAAGACACAGCGCUUCCUUCCCCAGAGUGGUCAUCAGAUCACAUUGCACUUCUAGCUGAGUUUCGCUGCAAGCCUAGAAUUAGACGUUGACACAUUGUACUUCUAGCUGGGAGAGAGGUCCGGAGACAUCCAAGAAAAAGGCUGAGAUAGAAGCUGCUGGAUGAAAGUUUAGUUAAUGUAAGAAUGGUAGAUCGUGCCCCUAGUUCUUUCCAGGUAUCUCCUUGUGGGAUCCUUGCAAUGAUCUGCUUUGUAUUAUGCCACCUUUGUCUUAUAGAAAAGUUAUUAUGAUGCCCUGCUCAAUUGCCGAUCUCGUUUUUGCCAAUAGAAUUUCGUAGAUGCUCACCGGCUGAUCAUAUCAUCUUAGUCUUAAUCCUGUACUCUAAUCCCUGAAAGGCAAGUGGUUAGUGGCCUGCAAUUGUUUGCACCUUUUCUUUUUUAUACCUUGAGUUCUUGAAGCUCUUGUUCACAGCGCCCUUUCCCCUUUUACUUCCAUUUUAAUUUUUGGUAAGGGAACAAAGGAUAAGGAAUAAGAUUUUGAUUUUUUUUUUUUCGAA